AUGGACUGCCGCGCAUUUGGGUCGGUGCGCCUGUUCUUCCCUGGAUUUUUACGCAUCGCACUGCUGUGGGUCGUGCAAUUAGGAGCGUUGGCGCAACAUGCUCCAGAGUGUUACCCAGGAGGCCAUCAGAUCUUGCGCAAUCCCUAUCGCAGCGUGGACUUUGACUCCACAGAGAUCCAGAACACGGCCAUCCAGGACCUGAUCUGUGACCACUCGCUGUCGCCGGGCUGGUAUCGAUUCAGGAUCAACAACAAGCCGGCGGAGAUGCCGACCACCUGCAUUGAAAUGAAUCGUUGUGGUACACAGGCUCCGGUGUGGCUGUCCCUGAAGGACGCCUCUCUGCCACGGCCCGGCGAGGUCCGCCAGCUCUCAGCCUGUGCCACCUGGCAGUUCUUCCACGGCAGCGCCAAGGACUGCUGCCUUUUCCGCAUCCCCGUCACAGUGCGGAACUGCGGCGAGUUCCUGCUCUACCACCUGCAGCCCACGCAGGGGUGCAUGGGAUACUGCGCUAAAGUGGCUCCAGAUUUGGGAGCCAGACUCUGCCCACCCGGUGAGGUGGAAGUCAACGGCCGAUGCAAAGCUGCCGUUCCAUCCCUGCCCUCCCGGCCAGUGAUCACCCCAGAGCUGAUUGGCCAAAGUGUCCACCUGAGGUGCUCCUUCAUCCCGCCGCCGUGGAGCCAGCCGCUGGGCUUCCAGGUGGUUUGGGCCAGACACAUCGGCCACAGCAUGAAGGCUGAGAUCAGGCAGGAAUCCACGCUGAAGCCCUUCACUCUGGCUGAGAUGGAUGGCGUUCACUUCAGGCUCGGAGAAACGUUCUCCUGCAGUGUGUCGACUUUCAGAGCCAACUUCAGCCACAGCAGAUCUACUCCCAAAGAAAGUGAGAGUUUCUACGCUGGACUAAAGUUUUCUCCAGACUCGCUCCACAUAGCAGAGAACAGUAAGGAGCACGAGGUGACCGUCCACAGCACAGUGCCCAUCCCCUGCUACACCCCUGACCACGGUCACCAGUGUGGAGUCCCUCUGGCUCUCAGCGUCCACGACCCAGACAGUCUCGGACAUGAGGCCUCAAAUGUGGUGCUGUCCGAUUGCCAGGUGGAGCUUCAGCCGAAAGCCUGCAGCGAUGGCAGCUGCGGCGGGGCAGCCUUUUUUGUAACUGCUGUCACUGAUUUUACACAAGAUGGGAACCGGGCAAGUCUCAUUGGUGUUUUACCGGGACCCAGCGCACCACGACUCUGGAGAAACUACGCCCCAACGUCCCUCAAAGUCACCGUCCAGGAUGUUCCUACUUCCAUCUGCCACUCUCUAACUGACCCACAUGUUGUUACCUUGGAUGGCAGGCGUUAUGAAAACCACCAGACUGGCACCUUUGUUCUUUACCGGAGCCUCGUCAGGGAAUUUGAGGUCCACUCUCGCCAGUGGGACUGUGGCAGCCGACACUACGCUGUUGCCUGCAACUGUGGCUUUGCGGCGCGAGAGGAGAACGAUAUUGCCAUCUUUGACAUGUGCAACGGACAGCCGCAGGAAACCAGGCCACAGCUUACCCUAAAGACCAUAGGUGACAGGGAGGGCAGUCGAGUCAGGGUCCUGGAGUCCCACCAGGGGAAGAAGGUCACCUUGAUCUUUCCCUCCGGGGCCUUUGUUAGGGCCGAUGUUGGCGACUGGGGGAUGAGCCUGUCCGUCCGGGCGCCCAGCGUUGACUACACCAACACGCAAGGCCUCUGCGGUACCUUCGACCGCAACGGCAACAAUGACUUCCACGGCUCUGAUGGUAGCUCCUUUGGUCUCAGUGACCUGCAUCGCUUCAUAGAGGUCUGGAGGAUAGCUCCUGGUGAGAGUUUAUUUGACAAGACACCUCCUGGGACGCCGCAGGAGGUCAGGAGGCCCUUCUGUCAGUGCCAAAAAGGAUACAGCACCUCUCAUCAUGCUGUCAGAGGGAUGAGGAACUUGUACAAUCCUUCUGCUCACUCCGACUGCAUAGCAUAUGAUAAUGUGGAUUACACAUCUGUGUUCCCCUCUAUGGACACAACAGUGGAAUACAUCAAGAGUCCAGAAAGAGAGGAAAGCAUCCUUGAUAUGUCUGCGUUUAACAGUCAUCCUUUGGAGAGGAGGCACCUUCGGUUGCAAAGCGAGAACAAAAACAGUGAUCUUGAACUGGACGGAGAGUUCAGGGAGGAUCUUCUGCUUUCUGUUGACAGGCCGAAGAGACAGGCAUCAUUUGAAUUCCAGCCUGUCUUCGCUGCUCAGAGCCUGAGCCAGGCCGAUCUGGAGAACUUUGCCUACUUCUUCCCAGAGGAUCACCUGGCGGAAGCACGACCGGAGGUGCAACCCCAGUGGCCCACGCCAAGCGGCCUGACCUCGGCCAAAGCUCUGGAGGUGUGCCAGAUAGCUUUGGCCAACUCCACUGUUGGUGCAGUGUGCCGGGGGCUGCUGGGACGCCGUCUGGAUGAGGCGGUGGAUCUCUGCAUUCUGGACCUGCAGCUCAAAGACGACCUGGGCUGGGAGGAGGCACUGUUGCCUUACCUGGAGAAUGAGUGCGAGAGGAGGCUGCUGGAAAACCGGACCCAGAGAGCCCUGGAGGUGGGUGGUCCACCAGGGGUGUCCAGAGAGGUGGUGACAGCGCUGCGCUGUCCCAACUUUUGCAACGGAAACGGAGAGUGCACAGAGUGGGGCUGCCAGUGUUAUCCCAGCUACAGCUUCUACGACUGCAGCCUGGCCAUCAGCCAGCCAGUCGAGUUAACAGACUUGGAGAACGGCGGACUGUGUGACAUUCGAGCCUUCAACUGUCGCAACAUUCGAGUCUUCGGCCUUGGCUUCAUUGACUCUCCCGACCUCAGCUGCCAUGCCACCAGACUGAAGUACAUGAAUGGAGUUUGGGUUCCGGGGGAAAAGCAGAGAACAAAAGCCACCUUCCUCAGCUCCAAGGCUUUAGACUGUGCUGUGCCAUCUCUGAGCAACACAGCCGUCAACACAGAGGACUUCAUGAUGGACGACAAACCAUACGCACGCUGGGAGAUUAAAGUAACCAAUGAUGGCUCCCAGUACAGCCAAACCAAGGUGCUGACAAUCUAUGAUGGUGUUUGUCAGGUCUGCGAGGCUUCGCGCUCAGGACUCUGUAAGUUAAAGGAGAGGACGUGUAACAUCGACGGGAUGUGUUUCACGGAGGGAGACUCCAAUCCCAGCAGCCCUUGCCUCCUCUGUGACCCAGACACCUCCAAAUUCACCUGGUCUGUGAACCAAGUCAACGAGCCACCGUCCUUCCACCGACCUCAAAGUGAUCUGCGGACAUUUGCCGGGGAGAACUUUGUCUUCCAGUUUGCAGCGUCAGACCCAGAGGGCUCGGCACUCCUCUUCCAGCUGGAGGAAGGGCCCAGGGGGGCUGUGCUCUCGCCUGCCGGCCUCCUUAUCUGGAGGGUCCCAUCGCUUAUAGAGGAAGAGAGAGGUCGAUUGAGCCGCUCUUUCCGCUUCAUGCUGUCAGAUGAGUGCGACGCCCAGAGCACCUUCACCGUGGAGAUUGACGUGGUGCCAUGCGGGUGUCAGAAUGGAGGCACAUGUGUGACGGACGUCAAUUACCCUGCCGGCAGUGGAAAGUACCUGUGUGUAUGUCCUGAGGGUAAGCAGGGCGACCUCUGCAACGAGGAUGUAGACGAAUGUUUGUCAGCCCCGUGCACAGUCGGCAAGUGCAUUAACACAGCCAGUGGGUACAGAUGCGAGUGUCCUGCAGGGCUGAGAGGUGUAACCUGCCUGGAAGAUAUCAAUGAGUGUGAAAGGAAGCCUUGUUUCCAAGGAGUCCAAUGUUUCAACAGCUUCGGCUCCUACGGCUGCGGCCCGUGCCCCAAAGGCAUGGUGGGAAAUGGGACAGCGUGUACAGUCGUCAGGCCGGUCCCCAUCUCUCCCACAUCUGCUCCUCGCAUGACUGUCUACAAAAUACCAGAUGUUCUGCAGCAACCACCCAAAAUACAGACAGACACCUUCCGGAAGACGUCAAGUGUUAGCUCCGUGCAGACGAUUCCAGGGAUUGACCCAAACCGAUCAAAGUCCACCACUUGGAGGCGGAUUCCAGGAAUAAGCCAGAACCCAGUGCUCUCUACGGCAGAAACUAUCAAGAGCAUCACAGCAAUCACACCAAUCGUGUUCCAAACCAAGGUCGACAAGGGAAGUGAACUUAACCCAUCCACGACUAACACAGACACUCUGAAGAACAUCUCUGAAACUACACCGGACCAAGUUCAGCCUGGUUCUCCCAAAAUCAGCAACACUAUUGCUAAGACACCAACUGUGACCCAGCUUUUGGGAAAUGGGAAAAAAACUCCAGGAUCUGGUCAGUCGAUGGCUGUGAACGUGUCGGCUACUUGUGCCAGUAGGCCCUGCUUCCCCGGGGUUCUGUGCGUCAACCGCAGGCCGCCACAUGUCGGCUACGUCUGUGGACGUUGCCCACCCGGCCUCUAUGGCAACGGACGCACCUGUGUGAAGAACGCCAAGGCAGCAUCCAAUCACCUUCCUCAGCAGCAGACAGUAGCCAAAACCAUCCGAUUCCCGCACGGAAGCAGCAGCAAGGUCUCCCAGCUCCACCUGCCCAACCUUCCCACCAGGCACAGUAUCAAACACCUGUCCGUGUCUGUCACCAGAGCGAACCGAGAUAAUACACCGCGGCAGGUUCCCGCCUCACGGAGGGGAGGCGGGACGGGGAGGAGAGAGGCGGUGACUGCUUCAAGAGAUGUUCCGAGAACAUCAAUCCACCAGGUCACUUCAAACACUCAGGUGACCCGCCAAAGUGCCAACCUCGGAUCGGAUGCCAGGACAUACACCAGAUCUAGCAUCUCCAGGGAUUUUGUGGUUCCCCAUGUGACGGUCUCCAAGCAGUCUGAAGGAGCAUUGACAGGUGCCACACCCUCCAAGGUAACACCGUCAGGUCCUCACCUAUCCAUUCACUCUGCCAAAGUGACGCAGUCCAAAAAGACAACCCAGCCCCAGCUCAACCAUCUUGCAUCCACCCAGGCCAAACCGUGGACACCUCAAAGACCUCCCCUCCCGCUUACGUCGGCCCUCACCGCUCUGUCCUACUCACUGUCUGAGUCAGAGUUCUCUGCAGACGGAGAUGAGGCUGAGCCUGGAUCCGAAGGCCCAGAGAUGCUGCAGGUCUUCCCAGCAUCGACCUUCACGACUCCAGGCAAGACAGUCUACAGCGGCUCCCUGCUGCAAAGAGCUACCUCCAUCCAGCCAGGGGAUAGGAGCGACACGACAGCCGACAAACAUGUGACAACCUGCGCCGACCGGCCAUGUUUUCCUGGUGUCUUGUGUGAACCAGGGAUGGAUGGGGGUUUCCGCUGUGGGAGGUGUCCUGUAGGAUACACUGGAGAUGGACGAGCCUGUCGAGCUGUUUGCAGACAUACGUGUGGUAGGAACAUGGUGUGUGCUGCACCGAAUACAUGCCGCUGCAAACCAGGCUACACUGGACUCGACUGUCAGACAGCAAUCUGUGAGCCAGAUUGUAUGAACGGGGGUGUUUGCAUUGCUCCGGGUGUGUGUGACUGUCUCAGAGGUUUUCAUGGAGAAAACUGUCAGGAAGCUCUGUGCAGGUUGCCGUGUGAAAACGGAGGCACCUGUGUGGGACUGCAGACUUGUUCCUGUCCUUAUGGGUUUGUUGGACCUCGAUGUGAGACCAUGGUGUGUAGCCGUCACUGUCACAAUGGAGGCCAGUGCGUGUCUCCAGACGAAUGCAUGUGCCCGCCUGGCUGGACUGGACUGUCUUGUGAGACUGCCCUCUGCUCUCCCGUGUGUCUGAAUGGAGGUUUGUGUGUUCGGUCAAACAUCUGCGAGUGUCCUCACGGUUUCUACGGCGCACAGUGUCAGAAUGCUGUCUGCAGUCCUCCCUGUAAGAACGGAGGUCUGUGUAUGAGGAACAACGUCUGCUCCUGUCUGCAGGGACACAGCGGGAGACGAUGCGAGAAAAGUGUUUGUGAGCCCAUGUGUAUGAACGGCGGCAGGUGUGUCGGCCCAGAUGUUUGCGACUGUCCGUCUGGUUGGCGAGGAAAGAGAUGUGACAAACCCAGCUGUCUGCAGAAGUGUCUGAAUGGAGGAGAGUGUGUGGGAGCCAACACCUGCCACUGCGCCCCGGGGUGGCAGGGCAUGCUGUGCCAGAUCCCGCACUGUGAACAGAAGUGUCUUUAUGGCAGUCGAUGUGUCCGACCAAACGUCUGCGCCUGCCGGAGCGGGUACUCAGGUUCUCUUUGCUCCAUCAGGCUCCCAAUUUCUCAAGGCUGAUUUCUGCUUACAAACACCACACAGCUGGAUUUCAUAAUAAAACCUCCAGGUGAUCCAGAGCCAUCAGCGCAGACCGCCAUCAGAAGAAAUAUGUCUCUUCCAUCUUUACGCCGGUUUUAAGCAAAAAAGUGGACGCUGGGGGAAAAUGUAUGUCUUAAGAACUAACUUGCAAAAAACCUAAAACACAUCUGAUAACAAGACUUUACUACAGCAACUGGGAGAUUUAAAUGAUCAGCCUCAUCUCUCUGGUUACUUGAGUGCAUAUAAACCAGUGACUACAAAUAAAGAUGGACGACAUAUCUCCACUUCUUCCUACUGCAAAGAAAUGAGGCUAAAAUAUCCCAGACACAGUCACUGCCAUCUUUCGUUGACGUCAUUGGAGCCAGUUUCAAACACCAACACAACAGUUUCCCCCCGAGUCCAGUCUUUGUGCUAAGCUAGGCUAGUGAGGUACAGACUCCCACAAUGCUACAUAUGCAUUCUGCAGACAGGAAAUCAUCACCUGACCUUCCCAACAUUAUAAAAGACUCCUCCGUUGAAGUGUCAGCAUUUUCUCAGCUGCACACUUUUAAUGGGUCCGAGACGUUUAACCGUACUGAAUCUGACUUAAGGUCUUUCUUUUUAAAAGGCAGGUUUCUUAUUCUCAACGAAAGACUUCAGACAUGCAAGAUGUGGUUCAUGAUCAGCGUUUUACAAGCAGCUGUUUCAUGCAGUGGUCAGGAUGAUCGUUUAAAAGCUGGACGGAGUUUUCACUGUA